AUGAAUGAAAAAUCAGAAGUAAUUGAAGUUGAUGAAUAUGAUUCUAAACGUAGAAAAGCUUUAGAGGAAAUCGAUAAUGCCAAAUUUGGAUGGUUUCAUAUUAGAACUUGCAUAGUAGCUGGUGUAGGAUUCUUUGCCGAUGCCUACGAUCUUUUUGCUAUAAAUAUUGUGUCCGUUAUGUUGGCUUAUGUUUACUUCAACACCUCUUCUCUUCCGUCGAAUAUUGAUAUAGGUGUAAAAGUUAGUGCACCGGUGGGUACUUUGGUAGGUCAAUUCGCGUUCGGUAUAUUAGCUGAUCACUAUGGACGUAAGAAGAUGUAUGGUAUUGAAUUGAUGAUUAUCAUAGUUGCUACAAUGGCAUCUGCUCUUGCGGCAUCCAGCUAUGUAGUAUCUUUCAAUGGAAUUCUCAUCUUUUGGAGAAUUAUUUUGGGUAUCGGUAUUGGCGGAGAUUACCCUUUAUCCGCAAUUAUUACUAGUGAAUACGCCACCACAAAAAGAAGAGGUGCAAUGGUUGCAGCAGUUUUCGCUAUGCAGGGUUUUGGUAUCCUGUCAGCAGCCAUCGUAUCAGUUAUUACUUUAGCUUGUUUCAAGUCAUCUAUUUUAGAUAAUCAUACAAAUAUUGAUUAUGUUUGGAGAAUUGUUUUGGGUAUGGGUGCUGUUCCUGGCGUAAUUGCUCUUUACUUUCGUCUUACCAUUCCAGAAACUCCCCGAUAUACUAUGGAUGUUGAACUUAACAUUGAUCAAGCAGCUAAAGAUAUUACUGAUGUAUUAGAAACUGGUGGUUAUGAAGAGCGUGAUAAUACUCAACCAUUUGUUCAAGUCGAUGCUCCUAAAGCUUCUUGGAGUGAUUUUAAGAAAUAUUUUAGUAAAUGGGAAAAUGGAAAAAUUUUACUUGGAACUUCUUUGACUUGGUUUUUCCUUGAUGUGGCUUUUUACGGAAUCGGAUUAAAUAAUUCUUUUAUAUUGGAAAAAAUUGGUUAUGGUAAAGGUACUCCAUUCCAAACUUUAUGGAAUAUCUCAAUUGGUAACAUUAUAAUAAAUUUAUUGGGUACCGUUCCUGGAUAUUGGUUUACCGUUGCUUUAGUGGAUUCAUGGGGUCGAAAGCCUAUACAACUUAUGGGCUUUACAGCUCUUACCGCAUUAUUCAUUGUUCUCGGAUUUGGUUUUAACCCAAUUAAAGAUAAAUCUAUACCUCUUUUCAUUUUCUUUAUGAACUUUGGACCCAAUGCAACAACAUUUAUUGUUCCCGGUGAAGUUUUCCCUACCCGUUAUCGAUCAACUGGUCACGGUAUUAGUGCAGCAUCAGGAAAAUUAGGAGCUAUUAUUGCUCAAGUAGGAUUUGGUGCAUUAAAAGAUAGAGGAGGAGCAAAAGGCUCUAAUGCUUUUCUACCUCAACUAUUACAGAUUUUUGCUGCUUUCAUGUUUGCUGGUUUAUUAUUCACUUUCUUAAUUCCUGAAACGAAAGGAAAAACUUUAGAAGAAUUAUCAAAUGAAGAUCAACAUGAUUUUGUAAGAAAAAGAACAAAGGUGAAAGAUACUUUAUAA